AUGACGGCACCAUCGAGAACGUCAUGUACGGCCGCACGGCAUGUAUCCUGGGCAACUCACGCUACACGGGAGGGCAUGCGGGCGACCAAGCCGAGGAUGUCAGCCAAUCUUCUCAAAUUUCCCGACGACGUGCCUGAUGAAAAAGGCCUAUACCUGUCCGACAUACUCAGCACGUCGUGGCACUGUGUGGUCGACACCGGUGUCCAGAAAGGAGAUGUUGUCGCCAUCUGGGACGCAGGACCCCUUAAUCACAUAUGCGCGGUCGUGUCCUUCAUGUGCGGUGCGAAACGAGUGAUCUUCAUCGACGGCGGACUUGGCGUAUGGCGCCUCGACUCCGUCAAGUGCAAGCGGCCCAAUCUUGAGACGAUCGACUUCAUAGAUCUGCCUAAAGGCGAGAGCAGGAGCAUCCCUUCGACGCUGAAGACGAUGGAACAUGGUGGCCCCGACGUGGCCCUGGAGUGUGUGGCCGGCGAAUAUGCCAAGGACGGGGGGGCAUUACUUCGAGCUCCUCCUCGGCGCGGAGACAGACGCUUCAGAGAUCAUCAGUGA